AUGGAGGCAUCCGGCACCUGGGCGCUGCUGCUGCUUUUGUUGCUGGUGGCGGUGCUGACGCUGGCGCUGCCCAGGACCCGGGGCCGAGGCCACCUGCCCCCUGGGCCCACGCCGCUGCCGCUGCUGGGGAACCUCCUUCAGCUCCGGCCUGGGGCCCUGUACUCCGGAUUCCUGCAGCUGAGUAAGAAGUACGGACCAGUGUUCACAGUGCACCUGGGACCCUGGAGGCGCGUGGUGGUCCUGGUUGGAUACAAGGCCGUGCAGGAGGCUCUGGGAGACCACGCAGAGGAGUUCAAUGGACGGGGGACGUUGGCGACGCUGGAGCGGACCUUUGAUGGCCAUGGGGUUUUCCUCUCCAACGGGGAGCGAUGGAGGCAGCUGAGGAAACUAACCAUGCUUGUUCUGCGCGAUCUGGGCAUGGGGAAGAGAGAAGGCGAGGAGCUAAUCCAGGCUGAGGCCCAGCGUCUAGUGGAGGCAUUCCAGGAGAUGGAAGGACAGCCAUUUGACCCCUCUAUGCUGCUGGCCCAGACCACCUCCAACGUCAUCUGCUCCCUCACCUUCGGCCUCCGCUUCCCCUAUACGGACAAGGAGUUCCAGGCCGUGGUCCGAGCAGCUGGUGGCACUCUGCUGGGGAUGAGCUCCCCGUGGGGCCAGUCCUACGAGAUGUUCUCCUGGUUCCUGCGGCCCCUGCCGGGCCCCCACAAACAGCUCUUCGGCCACCUGGGCACCCUGGCUGCCUUCGCCAUCCGGCAGGUACAGCAACACCAGGAGAACCUGGACACCUCAGGCCCUGCCCGAGACAUCGUCGAUGCCUUCCUGCUGAAGAUGGCACAGGAGGAAAAAGACCCAAACACAGAAAUCACCGAGAAAAACUUGUUGAUGACAGUCACUUAUUUGCUGUUCUCUGGGACAGUGACAGUCAGCGCCACGGUCCGCUACGCCCUCCUGCUGCUUCUGAAGUAUCCUCAGGUCCAAGAGCGGGUGCAUGAGGAGCUGACGCGGGAGCUGGGGGCCGGCCAGGUACCAAGCCUGGGGGACCGUCCCCGCCUCCCCUACACGGAUGCGGUUCUCCACGAGGUGCAGCGGCUGCUGGCACUUAUACCCAUGGGCGUGCCCCGUGCCCUCACGCAGACCACCUGCUUCCGAGGCUACACCCUCCCUGAGGGCACUGAGGUCUUCCCCCUCAUAGGCUCUGUCCUGCAUGACCCUGAGUUCUUCGAGCGGCCGGAGGAGUUCAACCCAGGCCGUUUCCUGGAUGAGGACGGACAGUUCAAGAAGCAUGAGGCGUUCCUGCCUUUCUCUUUAGGCAAGCGUGUCUGCCUCGGAGAGGGCCUGGUGCGGGCUGAACUCUUCCUCCUCUUCACUGCCAUCCUGCAGACCUUCUCCCUGGAGAGCCCGUGCCCGCCGAGCGCCCUGAGCCUACAGCCAGCCAUCAGCGGCUUUGCCAACAUCCCCCCGGCCUUCCAGCUGCUGGUCCGGUCCCGCUAA